ACUGCUGAACAAAUCUUCUUUCUUUUAUCCUAGUCUGCGCUGACUAAAGAUUGUCCACGCCGACGGCUAGCUUGUCAAAUCCAAUAUUUUGCUCGCAGGUCGCCCAGGUUCCUUUCCAAAGUGAUAACGUCCCGAGAACUGGAACCAAACAUUACCAUGGAUCAUGCAGAAACGCGUUUCGCCCACUUAAUGAAACCCAUUCUUGACCUCACGAAAAACUGGGAGAUCGACCUGGCCUCACAGCUUGGAGAGUACCUUGAAGAGCUGGACCAGAUGUGCAUCUCAUUCGAUGGAGGGAAAACAAUGAUGAAUUUUGCAGAGGCUGCACUGCUCAUUCAAGGCUCCACAUGCAUAUAUGGCAAGAAGGUGGAGCUCCUGCAUAAUCUAGUAUUCCAAACCCUGGACUACAUCUCUAACAAAGCCAAAAAACGUGACAAACAAACCACAGCAACAGGAGAGAAUGAAAAAGAGAACAUUGUAGCUGGCAUUGAACGAGAUGACAUUGAGUUUGAUUUGGAACAAGAGGAUUCUGAGCAAAGCCGUCAGGUUGUGGAAAUGAAGGAGGACCCAUCUGAAGCUGUGGAGAUUGUGCCCCUCCCUCCCGAGUCUCUGAUCCCUGCUGAGUCUCAUGAGAGGCAGAAGUAUCCUCUUCUCAGUCGGAAAGGUGAGGUGCAAGGCAGCUGUAAGGACGCUCGAAUCAAUAACUUCACCAUGGACGCUUUGGGAAUCGUCAGACUGAACCUGGGGCCAACACGUUCUUACUCUCUGAGGAGAAACACAGAAACUUGGCAGGAUAUCGUCGCUCCUGUCCCCCUGCGUCCCCUCACAGAGGAGAGAGUGGAAGAGGCUGAUGGCUGUGAUAACUUUGUACCAUUGGAGGACAACAUGAUGGACAUGGAACCUGAAGAACAUGUGGAGAGACAGCAGGUUCACGGUGAGAGGAGGAUACUGAGGGAGAGACCCGCUGUGCAGCCUGAGGCUGAGGAGCCCAAGCAACUAAAGGAAACUGUGGACCCAUGGAAGUGGCAUGACCCCUAUACCAGUUUAGGGGAAGAUAAGCCUCUGAAAACAGGGAAGUGCUGCAAAGUCCCAGCUGGUUUGGAGGAGUCUGGAAAAAGGAAAAGGAGAGGUUCCUUCAAACUUGAAGACUUUGGGAGCUGGUGCACUAAUGCUUACGACACCAGAGACCGCAAACUGAAGAAUGGCCCAACCUUUCCUGAUUUGAAUUACAUCUACCUUAGUAAGAUGGGAGAACGGGUGAAAGUCCGGAAGAAAAUUUUGAGGAAAAUGGGAGUGUGUGUCUCUAAUGAGGUGCUGCAGAAGACCUAUGUGGAGUUGGAGAGACAACCUGAGGAUCCAGGGGAAAUCAGACACCCAGAUCCAGAAGUGGAGGACUUUUCAGAUCAGGAGCAUGAGGAUUUGCUUGAUGAGCCAGAGGGUGGUCUGGGAGAACAGGACCUACUGUUCUCUGAUUCCCAGAUGGUCAGAAUCAGUUAUGAAGAUUUGGUCAAGAAGAGUGUGGAGCAGUUCCUGGUCCAGUCUCAGAAGUAUGCCCAGGAGACUGCUCUGUCUCGAAGAGUCAAAGACUGGGAGGACCAGAUCAAUCCUGUUCUCUCAGCUGAGGAGGACCGUGUGACCUUUGACAUCCAUGAUUAUGGGGACAGGAUUGUAAGCUUCUUCGGUGGCAUCGGAGAGAGGCGCUCUUUUGCCUCUAUUGUCAAAGGCAUGGAUAAUCAUGAGGCCUGUCGCUACAUGCUUGCCUCUCUGCAACUUGCUAAUGAUUACACUGUGGAAAUCGACAAGCAGGUGGGUCUGGAGGAGAGCAUAGACACCGUGGGGCUGACAUUACUCAGUAAACACAGAGCACACGAGCGCCUCAAGACCUAUAACGCUGCCUCCAACGAACACUGA